AUGCAGGAAAAGCCUGAGAAAUGGAACGAUGCUACAAAACGUGAAUUCAUUGGAAGUGCUUUUGAGAAUGGGUAUUGCAAGAAAAAGUGUAGUUUAUUGGUUCUGAUUGCAAUGAUUUGCAUCAUUAUUCUGACGAUUUCUGCUUCUGGUUGGAAUGAUGUUGGGUGGCACAAUGAUUUUAUGCCAACUCCGAACCUAAAUACACUAGCCCGGGAAGGUGUUAUUCUUGACAAUAUGUACUCUCAGCCGAUUUGUACACCGUCACGUGUAGCCUUGAUGACUGGAAAAUAUCCUGCUAAAGUUGGAAUGCAGCACUUUGUUGUGCUACCAAUGCGACCUUACUAUUUACCUGGUAACUAUGCAACACUGGCAGAAAAACUGAAAGAGCAAGGCUAUACAAACCACAUUGUAGGAAAGUGGCAUCUUGGUUCAUGUGAUUGGAAGUAUACACCGAUGUGGCGUGGAUUCGAUUCGCACUAUGGUUGCCAUGAAGGAGUGACGUCAAACUUUGAGACGCAUAUGCUGACAUGGCCGCCCGUUGUUGGGGUCUCAGGACGCGAUUUGCGAGACAACACAGGAUUGGUCACGCAUGAAAAUGGAACACACAACACGAUGUUAUUUUCUGAAAGAGCUGAGAGGAUCGUUAAGAACCACAACCCGGAAUCUCCACUGUUUCUCUACGUUCCGUAUAUGGCGCCACACUUCCCUCUUCAGGCUCCACAAGGAUUCGAAGAAGCUGUACAACUUGAUGAUACAGAUAGGCGUACAUUUGCAGGAAUGAUGGCAGCCAUGGACCAAGGUGUGGGUAAUAUCACACAAGCAUUAAAAGAUAAGGGUAUGUGGGACGACACACUCUUCGUGUUUCUCAGUGAUAAUGGCGGCGAUAAGAUGUUUGCUGGCUCUAACUACCCGUACAGGGGAAACAAGGCGACAAUGUGGGAGGGCGGUGUUAAAGUGCCUGCAUUUAUUCGCGGCAGUAUGUUGAAAACCUCCGGAACUGUUAACAAUGAGCUAUACCAUUUCACUGACAUUUUCGCAACAUUGCUGAAAGUUGCCGGAGGAACUCCAGAUGAGGAUAUUGAUGGCAAGAAUCAGUGGGACAGCUUCUGUAAAGGUAAACCAUCCAAACGUUCGGAAAUUCUUCUUCAUCUCGAUGAACACCCGGUAACCAACGGUGCUGCACUGAGAAUGGGCGACUAUAAGUAUAUGGAAGGAGUCACAAUUAACGUCCCUAUGUUACUCCCUCGGAAUGACAUUGAACAUUUUGAUCAGUGGUUUACGCCAGCGGAAAACCCAGAUGCUUCAACACCUGACGUACCACCGAUAACGGAAAACGUUAACAAUAGAUAUUUGUUCAACAUUAAAGAUGACCCCCUGGAAACUAAUAAUUUAUACAACGAUCCUGCUAAGCAAGAAAUUAUCAAUGAAAUGAAGCAGCGCCUUGAUGAGUUUAGAACAAGUGUGCCUCCAUUCUGGUUCCCCGGAGAAGAUGAAAGUGGUAACCCAGAUAAUUUCGGCGGUGCGUGGUCACCUGGCUGGUGUUAG